AUGCUUCGUCCUAGGACUCUCGUUGCUGGAAUCCUAGCUUUUGCGACCGUGGUCUAUCUUUGGACUGCGCUACAUCUUGGGUCCUUCGACGCCGUACACGCAGCCACAACACAAGAUGCGCUCACAAGCAACAUCAAAGAGUCCCGUCUUCACCUGCUCGUAGUAGCUACCAGCAGCGGCCUUGAUUUAUGCCGCCUUCUCCUCUCCGCCUCUAUUCUCUCGUAUCCAACUCCGGUUUUGAUUGACUGGGCUGGAGAGGGUGCAUUCAAUGCUGCAGAAACCCACCUUGCGAAGAUCGCAGGUCCUCUUCGCUACCUCGAGAAUCUUACCGCCAUACAGGACACCGACAUAGUCCUUCUCCUAGAUGGAUUCGACGUCACCUUCCAGCUCGGCCCGGAUAUUCUGUUGAAACGGUACUUCGAAGAAACGGCUGCUGCAAACGAGCGUUUGAUCGCCCAGUAUGGCAAAAGGCAUGUGCGCAAACACAACGUCUACAACAGCAUCCUUUUCGGGCCGGAUAAGACCUGCUUCCCUGAAGAUAUACAGCGUUUAGCAUGCUGGAUUGUACCCCAAUCGCCUCUCCAGCCCGACGCAUUUGGCCCUUUUACCGACGGUUGGGGGGACAUGCAACACGCAAGACCACGCUGGUUGAACUCCGGCACCAUUAUGGGACCCGCUGCUGAAAUGCGAGAUAUGUUUCGUGCGACCCAAAAGAAAAUCGACAAGACGUAUGAUCCCGAGUAUGUGCUGCGCAACUCUGAUCAGAAGUAUUUGGCGGACGUAUGGGGUGACCAGGAAUAUUCGCGUAUAUUGUCGCAUGGAGAUAUGCCUUACGGGAUACCUGAAGAGGUCCAAGAAGUUGGUCUACCGACGCUUGAGGAAGGUCAGGAAACUGAAUAUCACAUUGGCCUAGAUUACCGAUCAAGCUUGUUUCAAACAGCCGCUGGAUACAGGAACUAUUUGGCGUGGAUGACGACAAACCGUUCCUCGCUUCCUUCAACAUCGACAUCUAUAGAGCCGUACCGGAUCGAUCUACAGGAAGACGUGCUACAAUCUAAGAAGCCGUUUGCUGCCAUUUCCGACGAUGCAGCGUUGAUGGAGACUUCAUGGCGAAAUGUGUCUCUCGGCUUCAACACUGUUACUGGUCAGGCUUUUUCACUGCUGCACUUUACAGGCGACAAGUCCCUGCGGGAUAAUUGGUGGCCUCGAAUGUGGUAUCUUAAAGAGGCUGAGCGCCUUCAACGUGCAUCAGCUCAGGUACAUGAUCGAAAGAUCGGAUCAGAUCCCAUCAAUGGGGUCUCGUGGAUGAAGAACAUGCUAUAUGAUAGGAAAGAACGCGAGUCAGAAGAGAAAUCAGGAGCUUGGAGUGAUGAGGGAGAAGCGCUCUCGUGGGAAUCCCUUUGCGGUUCACACGAGCGUGCUUUGUACAGUGGAGAGCCAGAAUCUGAGGAUGUUUCAUUUGCGGAGGUUAUAUAUCGUUGA